AUCGAUCUCGUUGCUCGGUUAUUCUUCACUCACACUGGAUUACGGCUCGUCUCGCCGAGUUUUGUUGGCAUGAAGGAGUGGCGUGACGUCUACUAACCCACGCACGGACAUUUCGAAUUCAUAAAUCCCUUCCCCGGUUAUUAAGGACUAAUAAGGACAAAGAAACGGAGGAUUUCCACCGUGGGAAUGACGGAACCGCAGAGCCAACGAUUGGCAGCCAUCUCGGUCAAUGACUGACACCAAACGGGGGGAAUACAUUUGAAAACUGACUGGCAUUGAGAGCAGCCUGUAGACUGAGACUCGAAGCUCUGGUGGAUUUUUAGGAUUGUAAUGUCCGUUUAUGUAGUUUUAAUGUAUCCAACCUAAAGGCAGUUUAAAUAGGGGAAGUAGCAAUCUGGUCUGAAAUACACGCUUCUCUUGUGUUUACCUGCCAGCCAGCGGUGUAUAGGAAAGAUAAAGUCCUGUUUUAUACUAUUACUCUUAUCUGGGGUAUUUAAAUGGCGCAUGCUCCAAAUAAUUAGGUCUUUACCGACCCGGUUUUCCUCUAGGGACUUAAUUCACUUUAAACAUACAUUAGCUUUUAAAACGAUGGACUAAGAACGCUAAAUAAUUUUGUUUUACGAAAGCACGGAAAGCAGUCCUGGGUGCCAGUUUGAAAUCUAAUGACUGAUAAAACCUGACACAAGUUUUGGACUUCCUGAUUUGGUUUCUCUCGGGCUAUUCGGGUGUGUUAUUGAUAAAGAUUAUGGCAGCAGUUGUGAAUUACUCUCCACCGUGGUGGGUUAACCUGAUACAUAGACUGCCACACUUUAAUCUGCAAUUUGAACAAACCAGUAGUGAUUUUCUCCCAGAAGACACCUCAUACCAGCAGUCCAUCCUGCUGCUGGGUGGUAUAGCUUUGGCAUGCUUGGCUCUGGACCUCAUCUUCCUCCUCUUCUACUCUUGCUGGCUAUGCUGCUGCCGCAAGAAAAGUGACGAGCAGCCCAACGCAGACUGCUGCUGCACGGCCUGGUGCGUCAUCAUCGCCACCCUCAUCUGCAGCGCCGGCAUUGCUAUUGGUUUCUACGGGAAUGGCGAGACCUGCGAUGGGGUGAAUCGGCUCACAUACGCCCUCCGCCAUGCCAACCACACCGUGGCAGGAGUGCACAGACUGGUAUCAGACAGUACAUCAGCUCAGAGCCAGACUGUGGAUGAGAACCUUCGACUACUGAGGGACCAGUAUGCAAAACAUACAGACUAUCUGUCCAUCAUACAGAAACUGCAGGAUCAGCGGGGUGAGCUGGUCAAUCAGAUAACCGACAUCCCCUUUUGGAAUGAACUCAGCAUUUCUCUGGAGGAUCUGGCAACCACGAUUGAAUUAUAUGACUGGUACAGGUGGCUGGGCUACCUGGGUCUGCUGCUGUUUGACAUGCACAUUUGCUUGCUGGUGCUCUUCGGUCUCAUCCGGAACUCCAAAGGAACUCUGAUUGGGGUGUGUAUUCUGGGUGUGUUGGCGAUGAUAAUCAGCUGGGGCUCUCUGGGUAUAGAACUGUCUGUCUCCUCGGGCUUCAGUGACUUCUGUGCAGCACCUGACAUGUACAUUUCCAAGGUGGCGGAGCAGUACACACUUAUCAAGAAAGAUAUUCUGCAGUAUUACCUCACAUGCAACGUGGGUCAGGUCAACCCCUUCCAACAGAAGCUGUCUGGAGGUCACAAAGCACUGGUGGAAAUGCAGGACGAUGUGUCAGAAUUACUGCGCUCUGCAGCCCGAGAAUACCCCAAAACAAAGGGUAACCUUGAGCAAAUUCAGGGAGCUUUAAACACCACAGAAAUUGGACUGCACCAACUCACUGCACUUGUGGACUGCCGCAGUUUGCACAUGGAUUAUGUUCAAGCAUUGACUGGUGUGUGUUAUGAUGGUCUGGAGGGGCUGAUCUACCUGGUACUGUUCUCCUUCAUCACAGCCCUCAUGUUCACGUCUGUGCUCUGCAGUGUGCCACACACAUGGCACAGCAAAAAGCCUGAAGAGGACAGUGAGGAAGAGUCUCUGGCUCAUGGAGGAAGACAGAAUCAUGAUAACCUGUACCGAGUGCACAUGCCCAGUCUGUACAGCUGUGGCAGCAGCUACGGCAGUGAGACCAGCAUCCCUGCAGGAGCACACACUGUCAGCAACGCUCCAGUUACUGAGUACAUGACUCAGAAUGCAAACUUUCAGAAUCCUCGCUGUGAGAACACUCCUCUCAUUGGCAGAGAAUCUCCUCCCCCCUCCUACACAUCCAGUAUGAGGGCGAAAUACCUCGCCAACGCCCGGCCUGACCCUAACUCCAGCUCCUCAGCAAACUAGAUGGACGCUGUAUCCCCUCCCUUCAGCCCUGUCCAGUCUACAGUUCAUGCACCCACACACAUACAUCCUUUUGCCUUUUCCCACAGCCUCAGACAAGUUUCACCCCAGGCCCACCCAUCCAGCCAUUUCAAACAAAGAGCCAUGUUGAUCUUUGAUGAGCUAACCCAGCUGAUAAAGGACGUCCUUGCAUCAUGUAAAUACUGCUGUCACCAGAAUUUUCCAGAUGGCCCGUUUCGGACUGAUUUUAGGCCACAAGUUCAGCAGGGCAGCAGUACAUGGUUCAUUUUAAGCUUUGAGUGUUUGUGUAUGAGUAUCUUUAAUGAGUAUGAACUCCCAUUUCUUAGAGAUCUUCUGAGUGAUGUGUGUGUGUGUUGCCCUUGCUUUUUGUGGUGCUCUUGCCAGAGGUUUAAAGAGGUCCAGAAUUAAAGGACUGGAAGGGGUUUGAUGCCCGCAACUAUACAUUCUUGCAAGACCUCUGACCUGUGGCCAUGUACUGUCACACCAGGCCUAUCAUUGGGACACUUUACAUCUGUUGCAUCUACUGUAAUAUGACUGAACACCAUAGCAAAAGCUAUCUAAUUUGAAUAGCAUGCAAAUCUCAGCAGUGCUUUACACAGAAUUCAAAAAUGGGGUUCCUCUGGUUUGUGUUGAAGGUAGUGAAUUUAAAAGCAAUGAUGUUUGGAAGUAGCUAUUCUAAUGAUAUAACUGCCACCAUUGGUGUAAGAUGGACCAGUGUUGUGUGAGUCUAAGGCCAGAAGCAAAACGCAGAUGUAGAUACUUGGCCAAUUCAUUGCAGAUACACAGGAUGUGUACACACUGUGCUUUCUGGCUUUGGUGCUAACAAACUUUAAUUAAUCAAGGGGUCACUAGAGUUACCUUAAAAUGUGCCGUUAAACCAUUAUUCAGGUAGCUAGCUAUAAACAUGUCAACUUUAAAGAAAUAUUUCAAACAAAAAGGAAAAUUCUGUCAUCAUAUGCUCAUCCUGUCAUUCCGUACCCACAUGCUUUUAUUAUUCAGCAUAACAAAAAAGGAGAUAUUUUAAAGAAUGUCCCAAUCAAUGAUUUGCAUAUAGCAGUUGAUAGUAAUUCACUUCAAAGCACAAGAAGCAAACAACCUUGUCAUAAAAGUAGUCCAUGCAUCGCUUACAUCAUAUUCCAAGUCUUUCAAAGGUAUACAAUCACUUUAUAUGUUGAACAGAUGGAAAUUGAAGUCUUUAUUGGCUCUCAAAUCAAAUAAUUUUCCAACUCAUGUAAACAACUUCAAUCAAAUAUGGUGAAACGUCAGUAACAACAAACAUUGGUUUAAUGCAUCUCAUAAUCAAAAAUCCUGAUGUCAUUACACAGGAAUGAGUCACUGGACAACUUUUAUGAAACGGUUGGGUGCUCUUUUAAGCUUUAAAAUGAGUCAUUGAGCCUGUUUGCAUCCACACCAAUACGCUCUCAAAAAUCUGCUCAUUUAAAGAAAUCUAAUAAAGAAAAGAAAACUUUUUACAUGGGAUUUAAAAUAAUUUUAUUUUCUGCUUUUGAUGUCAAAAUGUGAGGAGCCAUGCACACAAAACUUGCACACAUUGUAUAAGAUGAAAAGGACAUGCAAUACAAUAUCGGGGUAAUGAGCAAAAAAUCUACCUGUGUAAGAAUAAAUCUUAAAAAUAGAUUUAAAGCCGUUUAAUGCGUUUUCAAGACCACACAUCAUCUUAUUGAAAAUAUAUGAAAUUCAGCAAUUACAAUAGUCAUAAAUACUACUACUUUUGUCUUCCACAGAAGAAAAAAGUCAUAUGCGUUUUUAAUUACAUGAGAGGGACUAAAUUAUCGAAUGUUAAUUUUUGGAAGAACUAUUACUUUUAGUAACUUGCUGAGCAAAAUACUCUUCAAAAUGUUGACCUGAUAAAGAAAAUGCACAAAACCAUAGAAGCAGGCAGUUUAUGUUAAUACCUUUUGCACCCCAAUAUACUUACAUUUUGAAUUGUGGUCUGACACAUUCCGGAAUGCUAUGACACAUGAAGUCAAGCUUGCGACGCUAGAUGCAUUUGCAUUUGUAGAGGAUGUUUUGGGCCUAAAACUGUAGGAUAAGCUGAAUUCUAUCAUCUCAUUUACAGGCUUGUAUUUUAGGAAUGGGAAGAAAUGGUUGACAAAUGCAGUGUAGCAAUUGCAAUCCUCUUUCCUGAAUAUACACAUGGACUGCAUUAAACGAACCACUCAAAGACCACAGGAUGCCUCACUUUUAACCAGGCUAUAUCCACUGCCAAUAUUGGAAAACCUGAAGAUACAGAGCUGGAUAAACCAGCCUAACACAAAAAGGGGUAAUCGACUAGUUUUGACCAAAUCACAACCCUUAACAGGGACUGGCUUCAAAUUGACUUCAACCUAUUUUUCCUCUUCAAUCUUCUGAACUCUCCAAUCCAACUGAACCAUCAGAGAUCGCUUUGUCAUAUGCUGAGACCUUAUCCGAACUUUACAUUUGUCUUAAUAAUGUCCAAAAAUUGAGCCACAGGUACCAGCUCUGACAGUGUGUCAAGGCUUAUCUUUUCCAUUAAUCUUCCAUGCAUACCUUAUGAAUGCUGAGCUAUAUAGCUAUUUUGCCACUAUCGUGCUAAAUGAAAUAUGAAGAUUUCCUGAAGAGUUCAUUGUACUGUAUACAUAAUGUAAACUGGACAUGUGGACAUUGAGUUGGCCACUUAGAUGACUUCUCCAAGGGGAGACCCAGGAAAUGAAGUCAUUAGUGGCAUCUUGUUUUCUCCACAUCUAACAAAAGAGAGGCUGGAGUUAAAACGCAGUAACUUGUGCUGCAAUUCAGUGUGGCUUUCAAAAGCCCACAAUUUCCUGGACUCUUUGCUUCUCUGCCACAAAUUGCUUUAUUCCCAAAGUUAGGGAGAACUUGCCAUCUUUGAAAAAGAUUGAAAAUGUGAUGUGCUGUUACGCUGAAUAUUUUUCCAUUGAUGAAAGCACAGGUUUGUUAGAGACCAGGCCAACAGCUGGCAUCUGAUCAGGGUUGCAACUGGAAUAAGGAGUUUUUUUUCUCCUAUACAUCUCCUCAAAAGACCUCUCUCUGACAUUACAAACAAAAUCUAGUAUGAGCUUGUCAUAGGCAGCAUGAUAAUAACCUUUCUCAACACUUCAGGGGUUAUGACAUGCUCCAUCAUACUGGUAAUGUCUCAGUUUGAAGACUCCUAGCAUGGCUCAUGUCCUUACCACAACAUUUUCCAUCUCAACAAAGCUAUAUGAUCAUUCAGUUUACAAGCUGGAAUGGAUGCAUGCAUGUUGUGUAAAUGCAGACAGACUAAUAACAAAUGCCAAUGUGACAUUUAUGGCCCUUUCCUAAGUGCCGCCGUAAGCCCUUAGGGUUGUUCUCCGAGUCAAAACUUUGGUGACGUAAUGCCACCUAGACUUUGUGAGCGCCCUUCGGAAUCAUAACUGACAAAUACGACUCUCCAAUCACAGUUGCGCACUAGCAACAUUUGUGAUUGGGCCAAAGUCUCAUAGACUGUAAGACUUUUAUGAAAACAAUCAAGCACUAGGUACAUAAAGGGAUGUAUUGCAGCUAUAAGCAAAAAGAACCUUGGAUUGUGUGUGAUUUAGCUCAUACCUUUCAGUUUGCUUCUCAAAGGCAUGGUUAUCCUUUCAAAGUUGCGUUGAGGCAUGUUGUGUGCUACUGACACUUGCAUUGGUUUCUUGAUUGAUGCUUUUGUGAGUAAUAAUGAGAUCUCCUUCCUUAACUGUGCCAAUAACCAACAACUUUGUACCUUCCUUGUAUCCUCAAUGUUUCACAACCUUCAAAAUCUGGACCUUUUUCCUCAUGAGCUCUGUGUGGCAUGAGCAGCCAAAUGAGAUACCUGUGAACAUGAGCCUGAUGUUGUGGGUGUCAUAUUGUUAUUUUCCCAUGUAAAUGAUCACGUUGGUGAUGAUGCAGUCUCUGUUUUUGUGUGGACAUUCAAUCUUGGGUAAUACCAUACUGCUACACUGAUGUAAAAACAGUAGGCUUUAUAAAACAAAUGUUUGCAAGAAAAUGGCCUGUGUCGAGAACAUGAAUUUGUAAUAUCAUAGAACAAGUCAGUUUUUCAUUUUUAACUUCCUGUUUAUUUGGAUUUCAUAGUCCAUGUGGCAUAUGUUUAGUCAUUAUUAGCAAGCACAAAAAUAUUUUGUCUCUUUCAUGUGAAUACAUGAUUUUGGUAUUUUAUCAAGAUGUUUUGAUAUGACUUCAGUGUAGGAUGAUCAUUUUUUAUUCUUUCUUUUUUUUAAUUACUAAAAUAUUGUAUAUGUAAAACCUGUGAUUUUAUUGAGCUUGAACUCCGUGUUUUCAGAUUAAAUUUAACAUUAACUGAUAAAUGUGCAAUUUGUGCUUAAAAUGAUCUUAGUCCCCUGUCUGCAGA